AUGGAUAGGGGCCUACCGGCGGACUUGGGUCACUUAGCCCUCCUGUUCAGUAUUGUGGCAAGCUCAGUUUAUUUCAAAUUCUCUCCUCAUUGCUCUGCAUAUGCAGAGAGAUGCAGCCAUGAAUUUGGCUAUUUGGCGGGCGCGGCUCUUAUUCAGAGCAACUACACCGCAUGUCCCACACUUGAGGGACUCCAAGCAACGAUCAUUAUAAUCCAUAAUCUGCCUAACUCGAAUGCCCAUCCAUCGACGAACGCGCUUUUCAUGCACGGGGCCAUUGUCGGUCAGGCAAGGAGUCUCAUGCUUCACUGUAUUGACUCGCCUCGCUGCCGAGAGGAACGAGAGGUGAAUGGAUUCGACGCGGUGGAAGUUGAACUGAAAAGGCGACUUUGGUGGGAUGUUGCAUCUCUCGACUGGCUGUUGGGUUUCUUGAGCGGACCCCAGGAAUGGACCUAUCUGGUCAACCCGGAGAUGAUGAAUGUCCAAGAACCACUCAAUAUAGACGAUAUAAAUCUCCAGGAAGCGGCCGGUAUGUCAUCACCUGCUAUGUCUACACCAACUGAGAUGUCAUAUACUCUUCAACGCCUGAAACUCGCAGUUGUGUGCCGCGAGAUCACAGAUGCAACGACUUAUGAACACAUGCACAGCGUCGACGUUAGCUACCAUAAGAUUCUCGACUUGGAUCGCAAACUCCACCAAGCAUAUAACGAACUUACUGACUUCUUCCGGCUCGACUCUGUUUCCAGACGGCGCUUUGCAUCUCUGUAUCAGAGCCGACCGACGAUCGCAUGGCAGAGGUGUCUUCUGCACCAGGCCUACCAUUCGCGCUUCUGUCGCCUGCACCGUCUGUACUUCAUUCGCGGGGCUCGAGACCCAGCAUAUUCGUACUCACAUGUGAUCUGCCUCCAGUCUGCGCGCAAAGUCAUAGAGACCAAAAGAAUCAUGGACGAGGAUGACCCGAAGUUCAUGCCUCCAACUUCAGUUGUCUGGUCCGUGAUGCAUCAUGUUUUUAUGGCCGCAGUCAUUCUCUUGAUGGACGUUUGCUUCAACUGGGAUGAUCUCCUGGCCGAUAAGCGAAAGCAAGAGGUUCUAGAUGCGUGCCGCAUGUUGAGCAAGGCGCAGCAAUCAUCAUCGAUGGUCACGCAAGCAAUCAAAGCCAUGAUGGAUAUAUUGCAGAAGCAUUGGAAGACCGGGAAGCAAUUGUCUUCUGAUGAGCAGUCGAUAGGCUUGUCUUCACCCCCUGGUCUGGAAGAUAUGACUAGUGCCAAUCCAGCCCCUCCGGAACGCCCUGAAGAAUCAACAGAGUCAAAUGGAUUGAAAAAUCACCUUGAAAACUCGCCAUUUGAUUUUGGAGAUGAUGCUCGUCCGGAAAGACACCUCGAGGAUGUAUGGACGGAGAUGCUCGACAGCGGCGGCGACCUGUCCUUUCACACUCCAGACUGGACGGGGUUAUUGGCCGAGUUGACAAAUGCCACACUACCAUACACUUGA